AUGGAGAGGGAGGAUCAGGAUGAGGAUGAAGAUGCGUUGAGGUCACGGGACGGCGUAAAUUGGCAGUUUGUAGGUAAGGACUUCGCAAUUUACGUGGGGUACGAGAACGCCGUCCUCGUCUGCUCGUUCAACUUCCAGAGCCCGAACCAGGCGAAAAAGGCCGUCGCCGUGCGGCUGCGGCGCGGCUCCUCGAGAGCGCGUCUCACCGGGUGGAGUGCCUUCGUCGCGGGGCCCGCAGCCUCGCCCGGGGCCUCGCCGGGCCCGCGGCACGCCGGCCUCAAGCUGCGGACCGCGAUCGGCCCCGCCGUGCGCACGCCCAUCUUUGUCGCCAGCGGGUCUGCGUCCGUGUGCUUUGGGCCGGCCAGCGUCGCAGCCUGGGACGGCGUCCCGCCCACGCGCCUGAGCGGCGCGCCGAGCGCGCUGGACCGCCAGCCCGCCGUGGGCAUCGCGGCCCUGCUCGGCGACCGCGCGGCGGCCCGGGCGCUGCCAGCGCCGUUUGGCCCGGAGCCUGGCGGCGGCAGCCGCGAGGGCGCCGGCGGCCUGCUGCUGCGGCCCCGGCUGCGCCCCUCCGGCGCGCGGCGCAGGAAGCCGCCCCCGCUGAAGGGCAUCCCGCUCACGCCCUCGCUGCGCCGGCCCGCGCCCGGCGAUCUCCCGGGCAUCGAGCUGCCUGGCGGUGCUGGCGAGUGGCUCUGGGUAGUACCGUCGCUCGCUCCCGCUGCCGCCGCCGCCGGGCCUCAAGGGCGAGCCCCGCCCGAAGGUGCCCGACCUGCCCCGCCGCCUCCGCUGAGCCUGCGCUUCCAGGGCGGGGCGGCUCGGCAGCCGAUCAUUCGCAGGAGUCUGCCGUAG